GAGCAGACCUCGAGCAGCUGCCGCCGUCGCCGCAGCCGUUGCGACCGCCGCAGCGGAGUUCAGAGGGCCCGGAGGUGGGAGACUUCCCACACAGUGGCUGAAAUGUCGUCCACCGCGGCUUUUUACCUUCUCUCCACCCUAGGAGGGUACUUGGUGACCUCAUUCUUGUUGCUCAAAUACCCGACCUUGCUGCACCCGAGAAAGAAGCAGCGAUUCCUCAGUAAACACAUCUCUCACCGUGGAGGUGCUGGAGAAAAUUUGGAGAAUACAAUGGCAGCCUUUCAGCAUGCAGUUACAAUUGGAACUGAUAUGCUGGAAUUGGACUGCCAUAUCACAAAAGAUGAACAAGUUGUAGUGUCACAUGAUGAGAAUCUAAAGAGAUCAACUGGAGUCAAUGUAAACAUCUCUGAUCUCAAGUACUGUGAACUCCCACCUUACCUUGGCAAACUGGAUGUCACAUUUCAAAGAGCAUGCCAAUGUGAAGGAAAAGAUAACCGAAUCCCAUUACUGAAGGAAGUUUUUGAGGCCUUUCCUAAUACUCCCAUUAACAUCGAUAUCAAAGUCAACAACAAUGUGCUGAUUAAGAAGGUUUCAGAGUUGGUGAAGCAGUACAGACGAGAACACAUAACAGUGUGGGGCAAUGCCAGUUAUGAAAUUGUAGAAAAGUGCUACAAAGAGAAUUCAGAUAUUCCUAUACUCUUCAGUCUACAACGUGUUCUGCUCAUUCUUGGCCUGUUCUUCACUGGUCUCUUGCCCUUUGUGCCCAUUCGAGAACAGUUUUUUGAAAUCCCAAUGCCUUCUAUCAUAUUGAAGCUAAAAGAACCACACACUAUGUCCAGAAGUCAAAAGUUUCUCAUCUGGCUUUCUGAUAUCUUACUAAUGAGAAAAGCCUUGUUUGACCACCUCACUGCCAGAGGCAUUCAGGUGUAUAUUUGGGUAUUAAAUGAAGAACAAGAAUACAAACGAGCUUUUGAUUUGGGAGCAACUGGGGUGAUGACAGACUAUCCAACAAAACUUAAGGAUUUUUUACAUAAUUUUUCAGCAUAGAAAAGGAGGUACUCAGAAGCAUUCAAAGAAAACCUGAAGAGACCUAAGGAAAAAAAACAAAACAAAAAAAACAAGUUUGCCAUCAUUUCCCUAAGCCAUUUCCAGAAUGGUAAAGGUUUAAUCAGUUAAGUUUUUAUUACCUCAUUUUUAAGCUUGUCUGAGAAUGUAGAAACUAUAUAUUGUAUAUUUAUUUUAAACAAUAUUACAUAUUUUACAUUUGUAAAUAGUUUGUUUAGAAAGAUAACUGGUUAUGAGUUGGAAGUAGAAGAUUAUUGAUCAAGAGUUCUGUAUAUGAUGCAUUGUUCUACUAUUAUAAGUAAUUCCAAAAUCAAAGACUUUUGGAUAAAUUUGACAUUAGCCUUCACUGGAAUAAGAUCAACUAAUUAGUAAAGCAAAAUUACUGAAGGCCACUACAGCUAUUCUGAGUUGUCUCAUUAUUUCCAGGUACAUCUUGAAUAAAGAGGAAAGAAAAGUGGGAGGAGAGCUUAGAAAUCAGUGAUAUAGUUAUUUGACAAGCUGUCCUUUGUUAACAGAAGGCAAACUCAAAGAACUGAAAUUUUAUUACUUGAUCAGAAGUAAAAACUGUAGACAAUUAAAUUUCUUGGCUGCUGUUGUUAAUGGAAUCUCGGAAUCAUCUUCAGUGUAGCAGUGCUACCAUGUCCUUUCUUUUUGGUAACCAUUAAAAUGGGAAUUAUUAAAUGUAAAUUAAGACAAGAUCCAAAUCGUCAUAUAUUUAUGUUUCCUCUAAAGAAGUGUAAAUUUUCCAUUUUUGGCAAUGACUAACUGUUUGAUCCUACAUCUAGAUUUUAAAUAACAUCUUGAAUCUUAAUAAACCUAUAAAACUGAUGAAAGUACACAUCAUUGAUUUAAUACUUAUGGUAUAAACCACCUGUUCCUGACCUUUAAGGAUUUAGUCUUCUGAAUAUUAAGUGGAAACAAUUUCUCAAAGCAUUAGGCAUCACUUUCUCAGCUUUUCUGAUAUGACUUCAUGUAAAUCUGUUUCUAAUCUUUUUGACUAAUUUUCAUGACCUCUUUGGGAGGUAAAUAUAAUCUGGAAUAAUAAGGGCCUUUUACCUAGAUUACAUCUCUCAUUUGGAGUUGUCAGCAGCUAUGAAGGAUGAUUAUACUCCCAUCAGUCUCUGGAUGACAUAAAUAACAUUUUGCUUUUUUGUUUAAACUGGAAUAAAAUUUUACAAGAACAAAAUAAGGGUUCUUCAUUGCUUUUUUGCAGUUGUAAUUCUAAAU